AUGGAAAAAGUCAACCAAACCAGCAGUGUCUCUGAAUUCAUCCUCCUGGGACUCUCCUCCCAGCCGGAGGACCAGAAACCACUCUUUAUCCUCUUCUUCACCAUGUACCUGGUCACCAUAACAGAGAAACUGCUCAUCAUCCUGGCCAUUCGCUCUGACCCCCAGCUCCAGACCCCCAUCUAUUUCUUCUUGAGUUUCUUAUCUUUCACUGACAUUUGCUUCACAACAACCAUUGUCCCUAAGAUGCUAGUGAACUUCUUGUCAGAGAAGAAGAAUAUCUCUUAUGCUGGGUGUCUGACACAGAUGUAUUUUAUGUAUGCUUUUGGCAAUACUGACAGCUGCCUCUUGGCAAUCAUGGCCUGGCGCUAUGUUGCCAUCUGUGACCCGUUCCACUAUGUUACCACCAUGAGCCACCGCCACUGUGUCCUGUUACUGGUCUUCUCCUGCUCAUUUCCUCACCUCCACUCACUCCUACACACACUUCUGCUGAACCUUCUCACCUUCUGUGACUCUAAUGUUAUCCAUCCCUUCCUCUGUGAAAUCAACCCUCUGCUGAAAUUGUCCUGCUCCUCCAUAUUUGUCAAUGAUAUCACAAUAAAGACAGAAGGAUUGGUUGUUUUGGUGGCCCCCUUUCUAUGCAUUGCUUUCUCUUAUGUACGAAUACUCAUUGCAGUCCUCAAGAUCCCCUCAGUUGCUGGGAAACACAAAGCCUUCUCCAUCUGUGGUUCCCACUUUGCUGUGGUGAUCUUGUUUUAUGGAAGCAUAUUCUAUGUCUAUUUACAGCCUUUGUCCAGCUACACUGUGAGGGACCGCACAGCAACAAUUGUCUACACAGUUCUGUCCUCCAUGCUAAAUCCUUUUAUCUACAGUCUGAGAAACAAAGAUAUGAAGUGGGUCUUGGGGAAGCUGAUUGGCAGGAGGAAAUCCUAG